UGCCCAUUAGAGGUCGGGAAGUAGGCUCUGGCCACAGUGCUGGGCGCCUUUCCACAAGUGCUGCACCGGGACCCCACACAUGCACCCAACCACCCGCCUCCCCGGACUGCCGCUCCUCCCUCCUUCCUCGCUGGUUGGCCCAGGCGCUGCAGAGCUCGGCAGCAGGAGGAGCCGGGCGCGCCCGCCGCCACGCAAAACCACCGCGCUGGCUGGGUAGCUAGCAGGCACCGUCCGCGAUCCCCGGUGGCGGCGGCGGUGACAGUGACAGCAGCGGCGACAGCUGUCAACGUGCAUCCUCUUCCCAGAACACCGGCAUCCCGCCUCCUCCGCGCACGCUGAGCCACUGGCGGCCCCUGGGUCUCCUUCUAACCCCCCCACCUCCGGCCCACGCGCGCGGCUGAUCACACGCACCACAGCAGUGGCUGUAGCGACCGCUCGGAACCCGGGCGCCACCCAUGGGGAAGCCGGCGAGGAAAGGAUGGGACUGCAAGCGCUUCCUGAAGAAUAACUGGCUGCUGCUCUCCACGGUGGCCGCCGUGGUGCUAGGCAUCACCAUAGGAGUCUUAGUUCGAGAACACAGCAAGCUCUCAAACCUGGAGAAAUUCUACUUUGCUUUCCCUGGAGAAAUUCUCAUGAGGAUGCUGAAACUCAUCAUUCUACCAUUAAUUAUAUCCAGCAUGAUCACAGGUGUCGCUGCACUGGAUUCCAAUGUAUCUGGAAAAAUUGGUCUGCGUGCUGUAGUGUAUUACUUCUGCACAACCAUCAUUGCUGUAAUCUUAGGUAUUGUUCUGGUGGUGAGCAUCAAACCUGGUGUCACCCAGAAGGUAACUGAGAUCAACAGGGUAGGAAACACUCCAGAAGUGAGCACAGUGGAUGCCAUGUUAGACCUGAUCAGGAACAUGUUUCCUGAGAACCUUGUCCAAGCCUGUUUUCAGCAGUACAAAACCAAGCGUGAAGAAGUAAAGCCUCCCACUGAUCCUGUGAAGAAUGCUACAGAGGUGUCUGUCACCACCACAAUGACCACACUUGCUGAGAACAAAACAAAGGAGUACAAAAUUGUAGGCAUGUAUUCAGAUGGUAUCAAUGUCCUGGGCUUGAUUAUCUUUUGCCUUGUCUUUGGACUUGUCAUUGGAAAGAUGGGAGAAAAGGGACAAAUUCUGGUGGACUUCUUCAAUGCUUUGAGUGAUGCUACUAUGAAAAUUGUCCAGAUCAUCAUGUGUUAUAUGCCAUUGGGUAUUUUGUUCUUGAUUGCUGGGAAGAUCAUAGAAGUUGAAGACUGGGAAAUAUUCCGAAAGCUGGGACUUUAUAUGGCCACGGUCUUGACUGGGCUUGCAAUCCAUUCCAUUGUGAUUCUCCCACUGAUAUAUUUUAUAGUUGUACGGAAGAACCCUUUCCGAUUUGCCAUGGGCAUGGCCCAGGCUCUCCUGACAGCUCUUAUGAUCUCUUCCAGUUCAGCUACACUGCCUGUCACUUUCCGCUGUGCAGAGGAAAAGAACCAGGUGGACAAGAGGAUUACUAGAUUUGUGCUGCCUGUGGGUGCCACAAUCAACAUGGAUGGGACUGCCCUCUAUGAAGCAGUUGCGGCUGUGUUUAUCGCUCAGUUGAAUGACUUGGAUUUGAGCAUUGGGCAGAUCAUCACGAUCAGCAUCACAGCCACAGCUGCCAGCAUUGGAGCUGCUGGCGUGCCUCAGGCUGGCCUGGUGACCAUGGUGAUCGUGCUGAGUGCUGUGGGCCUGCCUGCAGAGGAUGUCACCCUGAUCAUCGCUGUCGACUGGCUCCUGGACCGGUUCAGGACCAUGGUCAAUGUCCUUGGUGAUGCAUUUGGGACCGGCAUUGUGGAAAAGCUCUCUAAAAAGGAGCUGGAACAGAUGGAUGUUUCCUCUGAAGUCAACAUUGUGAACCCUUUUGCUUUGGAAUCCACAAUACUCGAGAGUGAAGACUCAGACACAAAGAAGUCAUAUGUUAAUGGAGGCUUUGCUGUAGACAAGUCCGACACCAUCUCAUUCACCCAGACAUCGCAGUUCUAGAAUCCCUAGCUUCCAGUGACUGGAGUGAUGAAGAACCUUUCUAUGAGAGUCAUCUCUUAGCAAGUUCAACCAUUCAGGAAAAGAGAAACACUGAUGAGCAAUUGUAUUUUUAACUUGAUAAACAAAACUCCAGAUUAUUUUCUACAUUUGGCUUGAUAGUCUCUGCUCACUGGGUUUCAGAAUUUGGGAGUGGGAUAAGAAGAAAUGCAAUCAAAUAAUAUAAAAGUUACAUUAUUGGAGUUUUGAAAAUUCUAUAAAACCACGUUUGAAUGUAUAUAAAGUACUAACUUGAAAUCGGUAAUGUCAAAGAGAAAUUGCUUUCCCAUGCAGAAACCAGUUUUGGGGAAUUAUAUAUAUAUAAUUUGUUUAAAAAUUUUUACUCAGACUUUCUAUUGGCAUGGAUUUCCUUUACUUCUCACUUUUUAUAAAUUAUAAUGCAUCUAAACAGUCCCACUUGUCAUUGUGCCAAAAUGAUCAUUGAACUCAUCUCCAGCCAAUUUCAAAUAAAUUGUUUUUUAAAAAAAACAGACCAGCACAGUUCUGCAAUAAUAAUUUCAAGACUCACAUAGGGUUUAGGGGGAAAGGAGAAGGGUUCUUUUGUCAAUGUACUGUAUUGGGACACUGGUCAUUGUUAAUCCAGUGUUCAGUAUAGAACUAUAUAUGUAUGUAUGUAUUUAUUAUUUUCAUAUAGUUUUCAAGAGACAGAGAUCAGAGUUGAACUAUCAAUGUGAAAUGAAGCGCUUUCCUUGUACUUGAAUAAUAACUAUAAUCGCAGCCUAGGUCUGUUUCAGAGCUUCCCAGUUUUUUCUCAGGAGCACUGGAAUGAGAAAUUAUGCUGUACCAUCAUUUCAAAUCUAUGGAUUUGGCCCUAAAGCAGAGAUCUUUAUUGUGGUACACCAGGAGGGCAUAGCUAUUCAUUGACAACUGGAAGGAAUUUUACACUGACUCCAUAUACAAGUAUAUAGAAAGAUAUUGAUCCAAAAGACAGAUGUGCUUGGCUUCAAUAAGAAGGCUUCAUUCUUCCAAAGCCAUUCAUUCAUACCCACCUACAGAGGCCAGUACUUUGCUGCCUGUGAACUUUUUUUGCAUCAGGGCCUUGAACAACCAUGCCAAGCUACCAGGUACAUUGUGUUAUAAUUUCCAUUCCAUAGCAUUCAUAUACCAACUUGUAGUAAAGCUGUCCCUAGCCUGGAUUCUUGCAAAUUGAAUCUAUGACAUAAAGUAUCCCUAUAAGUGGUUGAGGGGAAAUUCUCUCCAUUCCCCCAGCACUCUCUCCUGCUCUAGAGAAAAUUGUUCAAACUAGAAAUCUUGGCCCUUCUCAUUAAAAUCUUCUUAUUCUCACUCUCUUGCUGAUUUAUGAAUUUAUGGUUUAUUGAAAGUCUGUGCUUCAGUUCUCAUCUUGUAAAUAAUGCUUAAAAUUCACUUAAACUUAUAUUGAGAUAGAUCCUAAAUAGUUGUGUUUCUGGAGUCCUGUGUAGCCACCUUCAACCCAUGUUUUUAUAGUUUAAGUAACCAGAAAUUGUGCCAAAGAUAGCAGAAAAGUAAACAAAUGGUCAGUUCUGACCACAUGCACCUGAAAUCUAUGAGAAAAUGAUGCGGAAUUAUUAUGUAAACAUCAUAGCAACCAAUGAUUUAAUGUGAAAAUUUCAAUGCAACUAUUGGUAUUGUUUUUAAGAAAUAAAACUAAAUCUAAAUGA